GGGAACAUAGCUUUUAAAUAAGUCCAAGCAUGCAUGUAGUAAGUGCGCAUAGGAUAAGACUGCUAUUUUUUAAAAAUAAACUUUAGCAAACACAUAACCUAUGCCCAUAUCGCCAACAUCCCAAAUUAGCAAGGGUGCCUUUGCUUAGCACCGAAGUUAACUAUAUCUCUUUUCUACAAAAACUUUGCUUUUGCCUGUCUUUUAGUUUAUUUUAAAGGAUCCCUUGUUUAUAUUUGCCUCUCCCUCCGUUUUCCUCGUUCCUUUAAGAACAUUUUUCCUCAGUAAAAUACCACAUACCAACCUCCUGCUAUGUUUUCUUCUUGUAUAUUCCCCCCCCCCCCCCUUUUUUUUUUGUCCUUAUGUCCGUCCCGUUUAAAUGCCUGAUAUCAAUCUGGUAACAAAAAUGGAAAGUUUUUGGUAAUUUGGCGAUACGAAAUUGAGACGUUGGAAUUUGAAAUGUUUAGAAGAUUUCAUUUUUCCAACUGAUAAGAAUAUAUUAUUGAUCAACAAGAAAUAACACAACAUUUGGUUUAUAGAAGUACCGGCAGGACCUGACCCUUGGUGAGGGGGCCGGGGAGCUGAAGAUUUGGAUGAUGGUUUACAAAAGUAUUUCUAGGACCAAAACUAACAGAGAUUUAGGGUCUGAGUUUGGUCCAGAGCCCGGCUUGCAUGGUGGGCUUCAUGUUUCAAUCCGCCCGUAACCAAGAUUGAUCCUGGUGAGGAGCUACAAGCAUCUUCUUCCGAAGUCUCUGAAUCACAAUUUGCUGAGAGCGAGAUGGGAUGCCGCCUGUCAAAGCUUCAGCCACUACCGGGGAGGAGGGGGGGUGGUGGAUCAAUCUGUGGAGGCUGGAGAGUAAAAUCAAAUCAGCCAGAGCUUAAUUUCAGGCUUGGAUAAUAUCCGAUUUCUCAUCUCUACAAACAACUGCAAGGGAAGAAAACGUUGAAGAGACGAAGUGAAGGAGGUGAAGGUUUUGAAAUUAUGAUAGGGCCAUUUGAAGUAUCCAAGCGUAUUUUUCCCGCUCACCAAGUAUAUAUAGGCUUUCCAUUUGGGAGGAGGAAAUGCAGUAAUUCCCUACAGAAAACUGCAAACUUUAAAGCUCUUCUAAGGAAAUAAAAUAAAAUGCCUGUGACAACUUUAAGUUGGAGGAGCUCCAAGUUCGCAGCUGCGAAAAAGAUGCGUUCCAGAGAAUCAAAGAGAGACCAUCAGCAGAAGAAAAGAAGGCUGACAAACCUAAACUUGCGCAUGAAAAUGUUAAGAGUGGAGAUGGAGGAAAUAAGUGAAGACCAAAAAAAGAUAAAAGAGGGGCAAAGACUAGUAAGAGAAAAGUUUGAAGCCAUUGAAUUGGAAUGUGAGCAACUUCGAAAGGAGACUGUCCUCAUAACACAACAAAGUGUUAGCACCCAAAUUCGUCUUACUCUGAUGUUCCAAAUCUUGAAAGCUAGGGAAAACCAUGACUUUUCCAAAGCAUCACAGCUCACUUGUGUUCUCCGUGAACUCAUAGCGAGAGAGAAGUAGCAAAAAAAGCUUUGAUGGCUAAUUGGUGAUGCAUGUUAUCACAAAUUAAUAAAUGGUGUAAUAGUUUCCAUUGUUAAACUUUUACUUGUUUAUGGUAUUUGAAGCAGUCAAAGUGUAAUGCAUGGUCACUAAAAUUAAAAGUCUAGCACUCUAUCAACAGAUCGCAUGACUAUUGAUUGUAUUUUUUUUUUUUUUAAUUUGAAAGUUUAAGGGAAAUCCGAACAUGUUCUUUGAACAAGAGAAUUAUGUAUCAAUUAUUGUGCCAAAUGCUUGUGUUAAGUCUAGGCAUAUAAUUUGUUGUAAGGUGUUGUUAAUUGGCUUUCCUUUUGAUUGCUACUAUUUAUAUUAUUUGCAAGUGCACAAGAUCGCUAUCAAGUAAUAAGUGGUAAGUAGAGUAUCAUUUCACGAUGAUUAUUUAUUGUAAUUAUUGGGUGUAAAUCUAGUAACAAAGUUGACAAUUUACUAGCCUUAUAUUUAAAGGAUUGAAAAGAAUGGUUAAUUGAAAGUAAAAACAAGUAAAUAAAGUAAAAGAGCAAUUGUGUAUAUAGACCAAGAAACAACCAUCCAACUAUCAUUUGGAGGUUUAAUGAGUGGCCAAAUAUAACAAGAACACUAAAAUGAUUGAAAGCUUUUGAAAAAGGAAAUAUUGAUUGUAG